GGAGACAAGAUAGCAAGUUGAAUCGAAAUCGCCUUUUUGACAGCUAACAUAAAGAAAAUACUGUGUAACUUUAAACUUGAAUGAAUGCGUUGGUAUUUCGUACAGUUGCACCUGCAUUGAGGCAUAUCGUUAAGGAGGUUCAUUCUAUCACGUCAAACCUCUGGAAGGUUUCUGCGGAGAGUAUGCUCUGGAGCUUGUAAUGCUGCCUUAGCUGAAACGUUUCAGCUGCAGUGAAGAAAAGAAAAUACCUUUCCGUUUUAUCGAAACUCCCCGACAUAACCAGGAGGGGAGUGUGAUUUGAGAUUCCUGGAAAGCCUGUGCUUAUCCACCAAGGUGUAUCGGCGCCUGGCUAGCGGGAGUCGAAGCAUGCGUGUGAGGUCAGAGAUCAAAUUGGACGUGGAGCUGUGAUGCGUGCGGCGAGCUGCAGGAUGAACGUGGCGGCGAUACUGAACGGUCUGCUGGUGUCGGUGGUGGCAGCACUGCUCUGGAAGUACGUGAGGCUAAGCGAGCACGCUGCAGUACUGGAGGAGGAGCUGCAGCUGACCCGCCAGUCCCAGGAGUUGUCCCAGGCCCGGAUAGACUACCACGCCGCUCUGCUGGCACUCCAGGAGUAUGGCACCCGUAUGGUCUGCACCGGCAAGAUGCACACUGAUCGCAUCUGCCGCUUCGACUACCUGUGCUACUGCACCGAGGCCGAAGAGUUUGUCUUCUUCCACAGCAACUCCUCCUUCAUGCUGCCCAACCUGGGGCCCCGGCGAUUCCAGCCAGCCCUGCUGGACCUGUCCUCUGUAGAGGAUCACAACACCCAGUACUUCAACUUCCUGGAGCUGCCCGCAGCUGCCCUCAAGUUCAUGCCCAAGCCUGUGUUCAUCCCUGACGUCACCCUCAUCCUCAACCGGUUCAAUCCGGAUAAUCUGAUGCACGUGUUCCACGAUGACCUGCUUCCCAUCUUCUACACCAUGCAGCAGUACUCAGACCUGGGCGAUGAGGCCCGCCUGGUCUUCAUGGAGGGCUGGGGUGAGGGCGCACACUUUGACCUCUACCGCCUGCUGAGCAGCAAGCAGCCACUUCUCAAAGAACAGCUGAGGAACUUUGGCAAACUUAUGUGCUUCACAAAGUCCUACGUGGGCUUGUCCAAGAUGACCACAUGGUACCAGUAUGGCUUUGUCCAGCCACAGGGUCCCAAAGCCAACAUCCUGGUCUCUGGGAACGAGAUCCGGCAGUUUGCCUCAUCGCUGAUGGAGAAGCUCAAUAUCACCACGCGAGGAGGAGAGGAGAGCGCAGCGGAGGAAAAGGACGAGUACAUCGUAGUGUUCAGUCGCUCCAUCAACAGACUCAUCCUGAAUGAAGCGGAGCUGAUCCUGGCGUUAGCGCAGGAGUUCCAGAUGAGAGCGGUGAUGGUGUCUCUGGAGGAGCAGACCUUCCCCAGUAUCAUCAAGGUCAUCAGCGGGGCCUCCAUAUUGGUCAGCAUGCACGGGGCCCAGCUGGUCUCUUCUCUCUUCCUCUCCCGGGGGGCCGUCGUAGUGGAGCUCUUCCCCUAUGCGGUCAACCCAGAGCAGUACACCCCUUACAAAACCCUGGCCUCUCUACCAGGCAUGGACCUGCAGUAUGUGGCCUGGAGGAACAUGGUGGAGGAGAACUCUGUGGCCUACCCAGAGAGGCCCUGGGAGCAGGGAGGUAUAGCCCACCUGGAUAAGGAAGACCAGGAGCACAUCCUGGCCAGUAAGGAAGUGCCCAGACACCUGUGUUGUCGCAACCCAGAGUGGCUCUAUCGCAUCUACCAGGACACCAUAGUGGACAUCCCUUCUUUACUAGAGGCUCUCAGAGCGACAGUGAAAACCAGGCCCAACCUGAAGAAGGCCAAGCCUGCCAGCACGGUCCACCCAGGCCAGGUCAGAGAGCCCCAGUGCCAGACGUCGGUCCAGGCCACCAACGAGGCCAUGCUGACUGUGUCGUGGCAAAUCCCCUGGAACCUCAAGUACCUGAAAGUCAGGGAGGUGAAGUACGAAGUGUGGAUCCAGGAGCAAGGAGAGAACACAUACAUGCCUUAUAUUCUCCCCCACCAGAACUAUACCUUCUCUGAAAACAUCAAACCCUUUACGACGUACCUGGUGUGGGUGCGCUGCAUCUUUAACAAAAACCUCCUGGGGCCCUUUGCAGAUGUACUCAUGUGCAGGACAUAAUUUGAGUUGAUAUUUACAGUUUCAAGAAUGUGACUGCUUGUUCCAGAUGAUCAGAUGUUGGGGCUUUGGAUUAUUGAAGGUGAUGCUAGAAAGGUUCUGUAUAAUUUCAGCCAGUAGUUUUGAAAGUAGCGCUCACGAGACAAAAUGGGUCCCGGAAAAUGGUGCACAAUUGUAUACGACGUCAUUCAUUUUGCAUGACAUGUUACGUCGUGCACGAUAAAUGUAUGUUUCCUGCAAUUCGUAUGAUAUGUUAUGAAUUUGCAAGUGCUUUAAGAUCCCGUUCAAUCUCUUUUUAAAAGGAACUUCUGUGAUUGAGGAUUGUCUCCGAUUUGAGGAUAGUUGAUAUGAUGUAAUCUGUAUCUAGGAUGAGAGACUGUGCUGUUUGAUGAGACAACCAUGUCCUCACAGAGAGUGAAAUGCAGUAGAAAUUCAAUGGCAUUUAGCAUGGGACGAGGGAAUACAUGAGUCACGAUUUAAGGAUGCAUUGUCUGUACCUGCAGAAAGUGCUAUACAACAUGUAUUUUGGAGAUAUAGGAAUUUCUUUAAUAUACUUAUUUAUGAGCAAAAAUGUAUAGUAUAAAUUCAUGUGUUUUUUUUAUUAGUCUUAAACACUGAACCUACCUAUCUAUCUAUCUAUACCUGUACUUAUUUGAGUGUGUAAUGUCGGUUUUCAGCAAAGCCCAGGUGGGACUUUAGGAUGACUUGGUCUUGGUUUCAUACUUGAUUGGUUUGUGAUUUGUUAUACAGUUAUCUGAUAAAUCACACCUUUGUGGCUUAGCCUACCCUCCUGCACAAAGUUGUAGCUUUGUCACGUUGCCUUUCUAAUUGGCAAUUUACAUAAUUGCAGAAUGUUGCCAAAACCUUAAAGGGAUACUGUGAGAUUCUGGCAAUUGUCUACUUACCCAGAGUCAAAUGAACUUGUGGGUACCAUAUUUAUGCCUCUGCGUGCAGUAUGAAGGAAGUUAGGAUUGGCUCGCGAAAUUACUUCUAACUAGCAUUAGCACAAUGACUGGAAGUCUAUGGGCAUCUGCUAGCUGGGUAUCUGCUUCAGGCCUGGGAAAUUCCAGUCCUCGGGGACCUGAUUGGUGUCACUUUUCCCCGAUCCCUAGCAAACACACCUGAUUUAAACUAAUUGCGUUUUUAACUGGAGCUCAUGAUUAGUUAACUAUUGGUGUCAGGUGUGUUAGCUGGGGCAAAAGUGUGACACCAAUCAGGCCCCCGAGGACUGGAGUUGCCCAGACCUGCUUGCUGCAGGUACCCAUACACUUCUAGUCAUUGUGCUAACACUAGUGGCGCUUGCAACUUCCUUCAAACCACACGCAGAGACAUAAAAAGGGUAUCUAUGAGAUCAUCUGACCCUGAGGAAGUAGAUAAAGGGCUUCAUUGCCAAAAUCCCAAAGUAUUCCUUUAAGAGAAACCAAAGUGAAUUUGAAAAUAUGGUCACCAGUCUACAGUACCAUUUAAGUAUGUGUUAUUAGAUGUGAUUUGGAUUAUCUUGUGCUUCAUUGAGGCUUUAAUAUUUGCCAUUUACCGUUUUGAACUAUUGUGGCCCAUGGAUAAUAAAUUCUUCCCCUUCUAGAUUAUUUGAGAUAUUAAUUCAAGGCAGAUAACAUUUUCAAAGAGUGUGUCCAGGAAAAUAUGUUGCCAGUUUUCUAAAGAUGCUGAUUAAAACAUGCAUUAUUCAUUCAAAUGUAGCAGUCUUUUAAGAACAGGGUUCCUCUAAAUGAAAAUUAAGAGAUUCUAUUAUCAUGUAUUUAUGUGAAAGGUUCUGUUGCUGUGCGGUCACUAGAUAUGCGAGGGGUAGUUCUAUUUCUUUCAGAAAAACUGGAGUUUCUUCAAUCAGUUUCUUUGUCAUUGCCCUGUGUGUCAAAUGAUAAAUACAAAAAGGUUCAUAUCACUUCAGUGUCCCCAUUACAGCAAUUCUGAGUUCAAUUGUCCUAUUUUUUUGUUAUUCAGUCCACACAGUUGCAGAAAAUGAUCAGAAUUUCUUACUUACUAUUAAUGGGUACCAUUUCUGAUUGUGAUCAUUUACAUUUUGCGCAGGUUAUAUGCAUGCAUGAACUUGACUAUAAUUAGCCUGUUAUGCUUUUAAUUUGAAAGGGUGGUAAUGACUGCUCUGCCCCAAAUCAAGCUGGAGGAAUAACCCAUUCUAUGGCUCAUCAGUGCUGCUAACCAUGCGUGAUGCAGGGUUUGUAUCCCAAAUGGCACCCUCUUCCCUUUAUAGUGUACUACUUUUGACCAAGACCUAUAAAGGUGACCAGAGCCUAAAAAUAGGGCUGAUUUUGGGAGGUCUAUAUGAUAGUGUGCAAUGCUGCCUGUUACUUUGCAUUGCCUUGUGGUGUGCAAAACUAAAGUAAUGACUAGCUUCCCAGUAUGUACCAAGCCCCCAGAGUAAGAGUGCUGAUGUAGGAUCAGGUCUUGCUGCAGCCCUCCUGUCCUACUAAGCGUAUAUACAUUGCCUUCAGAAAGUAUUUACACCCUUUGACUUUUUCCACAUUUUGUUGUUACAAAGUGGGAUUAAAAUGGUUGAAACAAUGUACAAUUAAAUUCAUUUACAAAUAAUCUGUAAUGUCAUGUGGAAGAAAAAUACUAACAUUUGUAAAAAAACAAAACACUAAUACAGUAUAUCUUUAUUACGUAAGUAUUCAACCCACUUAGUCAAC